AUGAGGGACGAGCUCGAGGACCAUCGCCUGCUUGAUGAAGUGGAUGCCGGUAGCGAUGAGUCGGCGACCCAACCAAGCAUCGACGAGGCACGAGAAGCAGAGACAAAUGCAGAACCCGCGGCCCGUCGAAAACCCAACUUCACAGUCUUCCGCAUUGCCGGUCUUGUCAUCGCACUCAUCCUGGGCUCGCUGCUCGUGCUGCUGUUCGCCCUGAACCGCCACACUUCCGGUGCCCCGUUCGACGACAGCCAGCUGGCUAUUCCUCUUCACCCAUCCGAGCACUCGACAAGAGACCCUACGACGCUGACAUUUGACUGGCACAUCACCCUGGGCACAAGAGCCCCUGAUGGAGUGGAGAAGCAGGUGUAUCUGGUCAACGGACAGUUCCCUGGCCCAGUUAUCGAGGGCCGAUCCGGAGACCGCAUCCAAGUCCGUGUCCACAAUGACCUUAAGGAGAAGGCCGACGGCGUUUCGCUGCACUGGCAUGGCCUCCGCAUGCAGGGAUUCAACGCCAUGGACGGAGCCGUCGGCUUCACUCAGUGUCCCAUCCCCGCCGGAGGCUCGUUUAUCUAUGACUUUCGCAUCCGCGAUGACGAGCACGGCACGUUCUGGUGGCACGGCCACUCCCAGCUGCAGAGGGCGGACGGCCUCUUUGGCGGGCUGGUGAUCCACGAGCCGAGGCAUCGAAACGACAACGAGGCUACGCGGGACGAAGCACUGCUCCUCAUCGGUGACUGGUUCCAUCGCCGGCAGAGUGGUGUCCUUGAAUGGUACAGCAGCCCGGCGAGCGCAGGCAAUGAGCCUGUGCCAGACUCCAUCGUCAUCAACGGCCGUGGUCGAUAUGACUGCUCCAUGGCAGUGGCGGCUCGGCCUGUCAAGUGUAAGGCAACAAGCCUGAGCGACUUCCCGCCUCUGAUCAAGAAGGCCACGGGGGAGACGCUGCUGAGAGUGGUCAACACAGGCACCGUCGCGGGCUUCACUGUCGGUGUUGACGGCGCUUCCCUUGAGCCAACACACGUCGAUGGAGGGUGCAAGGUGGAUUCGAAGCCGGCUGAUUCCAUCGGCACUCUCUAUCCCGGCGAGAGGGUUGAUAUGCUGCUCAAGUGGAAGACCGACCAGGCGGCGGAGCCGUGGUUCAACGUAUACCUAGAUCAUGAAAAUCUUCGCUUCGGAAACCCGGCGUUGAACCCCAACCAUACCUUCCCAGCUCUACCGAAAACAGUCACAGCUCAUGAUAGGGACCAGGCACCCCCCUUGAAAUUCAGCGGCAGUCAUCUUGAUCUGGCGUCCCUUUCAGCCACCGAGAAGCCAUCUCCCAUUGUCACGGCGGAAGAAGAACAGACUAUUCUGCUCUACGUCUCGACUCAGAAGCUUGCGGUGCAUGGAAACAAGCCAAUGGGCUUCGUCAACCACACGGCUUGGCAACCCCAGUCGCUGCCGCUGCUGUCGCUGAACCGGUCAUCCUGGGAUGACAACCAGCUUGUCCCCUUUAUCGGCAGCGGGUCAAAGCCCACAAAGGUCAAGCUGGUGAUUAACAACCUGGACGAUGGCUCUCAUCCAUUCCACCUCCACGGAUAUUCAUUCCACGUCCUGUCCUCUUUCCGGGCCGACAACGCCAAGCUUGGGAGCUAUAAUCCUUACGAAACACCAGAAAGUAAAUCCCAAGGCCAGUGGAAGCGGGAGAAGCCUCUCCGGAAAGACACCGUCAGCGUGCCGAGGAAAGGCCAUGUGGUGCUCUCCUUUGUCGCCGACAACCCCGGAAUGUGGAUGCUACACUGCCAUAUGAUGGUACACCUGGAAACAGGCAUGGCGGCCGGCUUGCAGGUCGGAGUACCGGAAGAUGAAGAGCAUAUAUAUGGAUUAGACGAGUCAGCAGCACGAUUGUGCAAAGUGUCGGAAUAA